AUGUACCCUCUAAACCCUUUUUUGCGGGCCUUCUUCAGAAGCACCCUCCCCUCGCAGUGUCUGCCCGUAAACCACCACAUCCUCCUGGUUCCGACGACAGAAUCGCUCUUGCAAGGCCGCGACCGCGAGACGACUGCGCCUUAUGCCGACCUUGCCGCAUCGGAGGAAUUUCUCUCCAGCCAUGUCAUCCGCAUACCUGGAGGUAUACCACCCGGCACCACGUCAAAAGAUGGAGGAAACAUUCGCGAGUCCAAAGGCAAGGCCAAGCAGUAUAACACACUCAAUGGCAGGACGGUAGUUGUCAAGGAUACCUAUGUCUACAGCAACAAAGGUUCGCUAGAUCUAUCACUACCCGUCCGUCCACGGAUAUGA